AUGGGCGACGCCGGCUCCCCUCUUUCUCCUUCUCCGCCCAAGAAGACCCCCCAAGAAACUGUUCCAGGAAUCCCUCUAACGCGCUCUAGCGGAUUAACACUAAUCCUCCACACACCUAAAGGUUUUGCUGAUGGAGGAGGGGUUAGUAAUUGGCCUUAUGUACCCCCCAAGGAAAACAUAAAUGGAAUUGCGAAACCACCGACACCGACGACGACCCAAGCUAUUGUUCUCGGACUAGGUAGCAUCUUCAAUCAUUCAACUUUAUACCCAAAUGUUGGAUGGGAAAGAGAUAUCGAACAUCUCCUCAUGACCUACACUGCAAUAAGGGAUAUCAAAGAAGGAGAGGAAUUAUGUAUCUCAUAUGGAUCACGGUUGACAUUUGAAGAUAUUGACACUGAGGCAGAGGCACUGAAGGAAGUGGGGGAUGAGAACGAGUUACUAAGUGUAAUUGAGUUGAUUGAUUAA